GAGGUUUCACUGCUGUACGUGCGCAGUUUGAGCCGCGCUGUGGAGAGGUUUCACUGCUGCUAAGUGAGCAGUUUUCCCACAGCAGCAACAGUGCAGAGAGGCCAAUGGGACCCUCGCUCUGUUAACGCACUAUAUUUAGGAGCGCUACCCCAUAUUAAUUAUGCAACAGCACUGCCUAUCCUCGGUGACUCUCAGUCAUAUACGAGCUGCGCCAGCAUCACCCAGACACAGUAAAUUGUUAUGAUUGAUGCAAGACAGAAUCGCCAUUGCACAACUAAAAUCGCUGGAUUCUCUAUAGGGUGUCUGGAAUUAUAAUCGCAUUGGCAGCUGCACAAAUAAAAGAACAAGAAGAAAACGCGACCCAUUCUGAAAUUCGCUCUUAUUGCAAAUGUUUAAGGACGCAUCAUCCACACACUGACCACGGGCAUCAUGCAAGGGAGACGCGGCUUCAUGGUGGUUGUGUGUGUGCUGUUACGGCUGAAGAUUGCAGGCUGCUUUUCUGGAGACCAGGAUGACUUCUUGACGAUACACCAGCGAAGGUCAGAAAGGCCUCUUGUCUUCUAUCCGCCCGCAGAGGAAGGGAUUGAGAAGAGUGUGGAGCUGGACGGUCUCGGCGUGCAGAGAAACCUUUUCCAUUCCCUUUCACAUGCCAGGAUCAGCAAACUGCGCCCCGCAAUGAUUGUCAAAUCCACCUUUCCACAAGCAUCCCACGACCAGAGCAUCAGUCUGCUAGCCAGAAUUGAUCAAGACCUGGAGAUAGAAAACGAACCUGUGUCUGAUGAAGACGUGAUCAUCGUGACGCUGCAAAUGGACAUACGCAAACUGAACAAUACUCUGCUGCAGACUUUCCGAAGCGGGGUGGCUGCAGCCUUGAACAUCUCUCCACAGCAAGUGCAUAUCAAUCGUCUUAAUGAAAAGAAGAACUGUAUAGAGCUGACGGUGUCACCUCCUCCGGACAAACCGGGCCCCAUGGAGAGACUGUCCUCUGAGGAAGUGGUACGUUCCCUCAAUGUGAACAUCCUCUACAAGAGCCUGUCUCAGUUUGGCAUUACAGAGAUCACCCCAGAGAAAAAUGUUCUGCAAGGACAACAUGAGAGAGAUAAAGUGUGGACCAAAGAGGGAUUUUAUGCUGUGGCUAUUUUUCUCACUAUCUUUCUAAUUAUUAUCACAUGUUUAAUGGUCCUGUACCGGCUGAAGGAGAAAACUGAGUUCCCUGAUCAGCAGUACAAGGAGCAGAGCCGGGAGAUCCACCUGGCCCCCAUCCCCCUGCCCACGAAGAAGCCCGAGGUGCAGAUCUUCAACAGCAUGGUGCAGCCCGAGCCAGCGCCCAGAGCUGUGAGCAUCGGUGCGGACCCCCAGAGCCAGCCUGCGCCCGACAUGAAACCCUGCCUGUCCGCCAGCCCCUCGCCCUUCAAAAUGAAAUCUGCCGGCCUCCAGGAGAGGCGGGGCUCCAAUGUGUCACUCAGCCUGGAUAUGAGUGUCUUGGGCAGUGUGGAUCCCUUCAGUGCCGCGCCUGCCCCCCGGGAGAGGGUUGCCAUGGAGUACCUUCAGUCUGCACAUCGGGCCCUGAGCAGACAGCAGCUCCGCGAGGCUGCGCUCCACACCCAGCGGCUGCACGCAGAGUUUGCGGAAAUUCCAAUGAAUUUUGUGGAUCCCAAAGAACUGGACAUUCCCAGUCACGGAACCAAAAACCGAUACAAGACCAUUUUACCAAACCCGCAUUCCAGAGUGUGUCUGAAGAGCAAGAGCAUAUACGAUCCACUCAGCUGUUACAUCAAUGCUAACUACAUCAAGGGCUACAUGGGAGAAGAGAAGACCUACAUUGCCACUCAGGGCCCCAUGAUUAACACGGUGAAUGACUUCUGGCAGAUGGUCUGGCAAGAGGACUCUCCGGUCAUAGUCAUGAUCACAAAGCUGAAAGAGAAGAACGAAAAAUGCGUACUCUACUGGCCAGAAAGAAGAGGCAUAUAUGGGAAGGUGGAGGUCCUUAUAAACAGCGUCCGUGAAUGUGACCACUACACCAUUCGCAACCUGACCUUAAAGCAAGGAGGCCAGUGUUGCAGUGUGAAACACUACUGGUACACGUCCUGGCCCGACCACAAGACCCCCGACAGCGCUCAGCCCCUCCUGCAGCUCAUCACAGAGGUGGAGGAGGACAGGAAAGCAUCAGCCGGCAGGGGUCCUGUCAUUGUGCAUUGCAGUGCUGGGAUAGGAAGGACUGGCUGCUUCAUUGCCACAACGACCGGCUGUCGUCAGCUGAAGCAGGAAGGGGUAGUGGACGUGCUUUCCAUCGCCUGCCAGCUCCGUUUAGACAGGGGAGGCAUGGUCCAGACAGGCGAGCAGUACGAGUUUAUACACCACACCCUGAGCCUGUACGAAAGCAGACUCUCAGCCGAUGCCAGCCAAUGAGAAGGCAGGGAAUGGUUUUCCGGGCAUGUGGUUUAAUGGAAGAACAAUCUCCAGGUAAUCAUAUUACCUGCUGGCAGAGACUCAACCAAGGAGCACUAGACUGCAGGGCAAACCCUCUAGGGUGAGCAUGUGUGUAGCUAUUGAAAGGUAGACCAGCCCUGAGGAAGUGUAAAGCUAUCUGUAAAUGAAUGCAGUGUCUUUACCACAUAAGCUGCUGAACUUGCUUAUAAGAAUCUUGUAUAUCCUGUUUAUAUUUUGUUGCAGAAAUUCAAACCAUAACGUGUUCCAAUUGCCAAGCUUCUACCAGUAAAAUGUAAAAUUCUAUCACGUGUAAAAUACUAUCGCCUUUCUAAUGUACAUGGAACUGAAACCUAAAGGUAGUUUUUAAAACCGUUUCUUGUUUAUAAAAAAAAAAGAAAUGUUUGAUUUUGACAGAUUCUUCGUCUUCUUUGUUGAUCUGUAUAUGCAGAGUUUAGCAUUCUCCUGGUAGAAGUUAACAAUUAUAAAGACUGUUAUAUCAAUCAUUGAGCUGUUCUGAGCAGUAUAGCCCAUGGGAUACAGCUGUGGUCAAGGGUUAAGGACAGCAUGUUGUCACUGAUACUUUCUAUUGGAAUUAAGGAAAAGGCAACAGAGAAACACAGUAUCUUGAGUGCUGGGAGGAAAUGAAACCACCAGGAAUGAUACCAAUGUACAGAACAAACAGUAGAUAAGUAAACUAUUGAAGUUUUAAAGAAAAUGCUACAGUACCAUCACAAUAAAUACAUAGAAUGAAGUUUAUCCACAAGUGAUCUGCAAGCCCCAGAAUUGGGGUUUGUGUGGCCCCUGUUAGCGGAAUUGGUUAGUGGAUCAGAAACAGAGAAAUGGUGUGUUGAGAAGAAGCAGCAAAACAAUGAGGCGCUACUUAUUAAAUCAGCAGUCCUGGCUUGGAACAGUGAUGGAGAUGGGAUUCAUUCCUGAAUAGACAGUGUGCUCAUGGAAGGGCUAUUGAAAAGAAAUCAGACUAGCAUUGUUAUUAGGAGUUGGUGUUUUGCUUUUUGGUUUCGGUGCUGCUCUUUAACAUUGGCCAUGCCAGCUCUGACACACACACUAUCCAGUCAUUAAGGGGUAACACUCUACAUGAAGGGUCUCUAAUUACUGUGGAUUUCUGCAUAGUUACAAUCUACUUAACCUGCACAUCUUUUUGCCCGAUAUAUGUAAGUACACAAUUGUAACAGAAAUGGGUUAGGGUUAGAUUAGUUAUUGUUAAGAUUAGGGUUAGGACUAGGGUUAUAUCAUGCAAAGAAAUGUUACAUAUUAAGUACAUUGUAACUAUGCUUAAUAACAUUGUAAUUAUGUAUAAGUACACAUGUAUUUACUAAGUAACUGCUAUGUAAAUACACAGUAAUUAGAGACACUUAAUGUAAAGUGUUACCCAUUAAGGUUUAAUCCUAUUGCGCCAGUGCACACAAGUCACCACAAAGGGUCUGUUAUAGUGAUCCAGACACUGUAAAAUCUCAAUAACCUUAAUGUUCCCCUUGGUGGUUAUAAGAAUGGUAUAAUUAAGCAAUAUAGAACAGGGAGUGUCUUACUGUGAUUCCACAAUGGCUGUGGGGUAUUCUGAAAUUUAAAAACCACUAACAGCAAGGUUUGAAGGGAAGACCCUUUAUGACAUCACAUAGCCUAUUGAAAUGUACAGCAUAAAAAGAGUGGGCUGCUGUUAUGCUAUAUUGAUUCAUUAAUCCACGAUUCAUAUUUAUAAUCACUUGUAACAGAUUUCUGAACCACAGUGCUAAACAUUUAUUAAGCCUCUUAUUACACUGAAGAUAAAUAAUAAUAAUAAUAAUAAUAAUAAUAAUAAUAAUAAUAAUAAUAAUAAUAAUAACAAUAACAUCAAUAGUUUAUUGGGUUACACCAAAAACAAUGUGAAAGGUCUGUGGGAGGCCAGUAAUCUACAAUAGCGGUUUGAAGUUGACAUAUCUCUUGGCUAUCACUAGAGGGCAGCAUCAAUGAUCAGGGCUCCCUCUAGUGGUGCGCGCACACAGUCACGUUUUCCAUGGAGCACAAGAGAGUUUCUGGAUUAUUUUCUGCAAAGCAUAACAUCUACUGUACGUAGCGAGUCCACCACUGCGCCAUCUCGCGAUGAGUAACAGAUGCAGCCUGCAAUAGCACUUAAGUCACUGCCUCUGUCGUGUGAACAGCUCCACACAAACAUGCAUGCGGUUUGCAGACUGUGGUCCGGAAACGUUCUACUAGCUGACCAAAAAAACAAACCUACUGCUUUCACGACCUUGAAUAAUACAAGACUGUAUUAAAAGAAGUCGAGACAUUAGUGUUAAAAACAAAAAAGCAUUGAUCUUUUAUUUGGGAACACAAGCCUGUACAGAUGAUAUUUUCCUUGAACAUUUCGGCAUGAUUGGUUUGAUUACCUUCUUUCUUUUCAUGGUCUAUUUUGCUCAAAAGCAGCUCUUGUCAUUUCUAAUGGCAACGUUUCACGAGGUUUGAAUUUCUGCCAUGGCAAAUGUAUAUGUGAAGAAUCAUUUGUAAGUGUAAUAUUUACCCAUAUAAACUCCUCAUGCCUCAGUGAUUUACAAUCAGUUAUAUGUUGAGAAUAUGAGGGUCUGUGUGUAAAUGUUCCCCAGUUCCCUGCCUUUUAUAUACUUGUAUUGUGAAUGAUAAUGUACAUGUAAAAGUGCUGUUCAUUUUGUGGCUGACAUACAUCUUGACCACAGAAGAGUCUUGCUGCUAAAACUGCAAGUGUUUUAACUUUAGAUUUUAAAAAAAAGGAAAGUAAAAGAUUGUUUUAACUAUGAAAACUUUUUAAAUUACAUUUCUUUGUAUGUAACGUUUUUCUUUUUUAUUUGUGAUACAAGUUAAAAGAUACAUGGCUAUGUAUAGCUGAUCUAUGUAGCAGUUACAAUGCACAAUGCUGAUUUUACUCAAUAUUUCUUAAUAUACAACGUUGUCAUUGUAUAUUGUUUACUGUUUUUAGAGAUUUUACCUGUUAGCUUGAUGGCUAAAUAUUAUCUUUUCCCAUAUAUUACUAUUAAAGUGAAUGUUGUGAUAUGUUGACUACCUAUAAUAUAUACAUAUUUAUAUAUACAUACAUCUAUACUAUAUACAUAUGGCUCAUUAAGAGAAUACAGGGCAAAAUAAUAUGAGCGCCUGUUCUGCUAAUGGUUUUAUAGGUUCUGCAGGAAAUGACGUCUUUACUGGAUACACUUUUGAAGUCUGCAGUGUAAGAUGAGCGGGUAACCUUUACUGUCAUUCCUUGCUGUUGACCUUUAUAUUAUAUACUGUACUGCCAAUAAACUUAUACUAUUUUAAAA